AGACAUGCUAUGACGAUGGCCUUUGCUGUUGAAGAGAUAAAUAAGAACUCGAACCUGCUACCGAACGUGACUGUGGGAUACAGUCUUUAUGAUAACUGUGGUGCUCUUCUUAUGGGACUCAGUGGAGCAAUCUCACUCUCCAAUGGUCAGGAGGAGCAGGUUGUGCUCCAGGACGACUGUUCAGGCAUUCCUCCUGUCAUCGGGAUUGUCGGGGAAACCUACUCAACAUUUUCUAUUGCAAUUUCUCACAUGCUUGGUUUAUUCAAUAUUCCCAUUGUGAGUUACUUUGCCACGUGUUCCUGUCUGAGUGAUCGGCAGCGGUUUCCAACCUUCUUUCGAACAAUCCCAAGUGAUGCUUUCCAGGUGCGUGCUAUGAUUCAGAUUUUGAAGCAUUUUGGCUGGACAUGGGUCGGCCUGCUGGUCAGUGACGAUGAUUACGGACUCCACGUUGCCCAGUCCUUCCAGUCGGACCUGCUGCAGGCUGGCGGAGGAUGUCUGGCCUAUCUAGAAGUUUUGCCUUGGGACAGUGACCCGGGUGAACUCAGGAGGAUUGUGAAUUUGAUGAAAGCAUCAACAGCUCGAGUGGUCAUUGUGUUCGCACAUGAGAUUCACAUGAUUCAGCUCAUGGAAGAGGUGGUGAAACAGAAUGUGACGGGUCUGCAGUGGAUUGCAAGUGAAGCCUGGACAGCAGCUGCUGUCCUCCAGACUCCCCGACUGAUGCUGUACCUGAGCGGCACUCUGGGUAUUGCAAUUCGUCGAGGAGAGAUCUCAGGGCUCAUGGAUUUUCUGUUACAAAUACACCCUGACAAAGAAGGCAACAACAAAAACAACAUGGUGAGACAGUUCUGGGAAUACAUGUUUCAGUGCACAUUUGAUCCUGUAGGUUGGACAGAAGAUGGAAGAGCUCUUUGCACUGGACAGGAAAACAUUAAAAAUGUGGAUUCUGAGUUUUUGGACCUUUCCAACCUCAGGCCUGAGUACAAUAUCUACAAAGCUGUGUACGCUCUGGCAUAUGCCCUUGAUGACAUGCUGCAGUGUGAGCCUGGGGGAGGGCCUUUCAGUGGGAACAGCUGUGCCACUCUGCAAACACUGGAGCCAUGGCAGCUGUUGUAUUAUUUAGAGAAGGUCAAUUUCACCACAUCAUUUGGUGAUCAGGUGUCAUUUGAUGAAAAUGGAGAUGCGCUGCCAAUAUAUGAUGUUAUGAACUGGCUGUGGCUCCCUGAUGGAAGAACUAAAGUUCAAAAUGUGGGUGAGGUUAAGAGGUCACCCUCCAAUGAAGAAGUACUCAUACUCAAGGAAGAAAAAAUCUUUUGGAACUUUGAAUCGAAGAAGCCUCCUCGCUCAGUGUGCAGUGAGAGCUGUCCUCCAGGUACUCGCAUAUCAAGGAAGAAGGGCCAGCCUGGAUGCUGUUUUGACUGCAUUCCUUGUUCUGGGGGAAAGAUUAGCAAUAAGACCAACUCUGUGGAGUGCAUCAGCUGUCCAGAGGAUUUCUGGUCCAGUCCUCAGCGUGACCACUGUGUUCCCAAGAAAACUGAGUUCCUCUCCUAUCAUGAACCUCUGGGUAUCUGUCUUGCAACAAUCUCUCUGCUGGGUACAUUCAUCAGUGUUGUCGUUCUGGGGAUCUUCACGUAUCACCACAGGACACCCAUGGUCCGUGCCAAUAAUUCAGAACUGAGUUUCCUGCUCUUGGUUUCACUCAAGUUGUGUUUUCUUUGCUCACUCCUAUUUAUUGGAAAACCUGGACUGUGGACGUGCCAACUGAGACACGCAGCCUUCGGGAUCAGCUUUGUACUUUGUGUCUCUUGUAUCCUGGUAAAAACCAUGGUGGUUCUGGCAGUUUUUCGAGCAUCAAAACCAGGUGGUGAAGCCAUAUUGAAGUGGUUUGGUGUGAUGCAGCAGAGAGGAACAGUUCUGGUUCUCACUUCCAUUCAAGCAGCAAUCUGCACAGCUUGGCUUGUCUCCGCCUCACCAUCCCCACAUAAAAACACUGAAUACCACAAUGACAAGAUCGUUUAUGAGUGUGCUGUUGGAUCCACAAUAGGUUUUGCAGUGUUACUGGGUUACAUUGGCUUACUGGCCAUCCUCAGUUUUCUGAUAGCAUUUCUAGCAAGAAAUCUCCCAGAUAACUUCAACGAGGCCAAACUCAUCACUUUCAGCAUGCUGAUCUUCUGUGCUGUGUGGGUGGCCUUUGUUCCUGCUUAUAUCAACUCUCCAGGUAAAUAUGCAGACGCAGUGGAGGUAUUCGCUAUACUGGCUUCAAGCUUUGGCCUCUUGGUGGCGCUGUUUGGACCAAAAUGUUACAUAAUCCUGCUGAGACCAGAGAGGAACACAAAGAAGGCCAUCAUGGGUCGAGGAGCCACCAAGUCAUGA